AUGGAGCCUAUCGCAAUCACCCCGGAGGCAGAAGAGGAGCCUGUGGCCCUUUCCAACGUUGUCAAGUUGAUCAAGAACGAUGACGCCGAGACAAUGAAUCUUGCUCUGCGACAGUUUCGUUGCUUGAUUGCUGAUAUUUGCGAAUACGACUACCUCAAUCGCGAUCGCUUCGUCCUCUCCAACUGCCACACAUGUCUCUUCCAGUACACAUUCCUUCAUCUCACCGGCUACAAGGCCAUGACCUUUGAGCACCUCAAGUCCUACCACUCCUCUAACUAUGACUCCUUGGCGCCGGGCCAUCCUGAUAUCGAGCAUGAGGGGCAUCGCCACGCUGUCGGUCUCGCCAUGGCCACCAAGAACCUCGCGGCUGCCUACAACAAACCCAACUUCGACCUCGUCAACAACACGACUUUCUGCAUGAUUGGCGUCGCCUGUCUGCAGGAGGGUGUCGCCCUCGAGGCAAUCCAGCUGGCUGGCCACUGGAAGCUCAACAACCUUGUCGUCAUGUACGAUCACAACCAGAUUACUUGCGACGGCAGUGUUGAUCUUUGCAAUACUGAGGACGUCAAUGCCAAGAUGCGCGCUUGUGGUUGGGAUGGCAUUGUCAAUGCCCUCCUCAAGGCCAAGGCCAGCACCGAUAAGCCCACCUUCAUCAACAUCCACACUGUCAUUGGUGUCAGUAGCAAGGUCGCCGGCGAUGCCAAGGCCCACGGUGCUGCUUUCAGCCCCGAUGGUGUCAGAGCCGUCAAGGAGCACUUUGGCAUGGACCCCGAGAAGCACUACGUCGUCUCUGAUGAGGUUUACAACUUCUUCCGUGACCGCAAGACCCGCGGUGACCGUCUUGUAGAGGACUGGAAGAACCUCCUCGAUGCAUACGGCAAGGAGUAUCCUGAGCUGCAUGAGGAGUUCAUCAAGCGUGUUGAAUGUCGCUUCACUGAGGACUGGCGAAGCAUCAUCACUGCCAAGGAGUCUUUGCCUACUGCUCCUACGCCGUCGCGAAAGUCUGCUGGUAUCAUCUGCAACCCCCUGAAUACUAAGCUAAAAGAUUUCAUGGUCGGCACAGCUGACCUGUCACCCUCCGUCAACAUGAUCUGGAAGGACAAGGUCGACUUCCAACACCCUGAUCUCAAGACUACCUGUGGUAUCAACGACAGCUACUCCAGCCGAUAUAUUCACUGGGGCACCAUCCUCCCCGUCACGUGCAGCUUCUUCAUGUUCUACAUCUACGCCGCUCCUGGUGUGCUUAUGGGCGCCCUCCAAAACCUCCAGGCCAUUCAUGUCGCCACCCACGACUCGAUCGGUACUGGCGAAGACGGCCAAGGACAAUCCCUGCAUCAUCGCUCUUUCCCGCAGAGCCUCGAGCAGUACCCCCAGUACUCGAGCCGUGAGGGUGCCCAGAAGGGCGCCUACGUCUUUGUUGAGGAGGAGAAUGCCGAUGUCGCUCUUAUUGGUGUCGGCGCCGAGAUAGUCUUCGCUAUCAAGACUCGCGAGGUCCUCAUAGAGAAGUUCGCCAUUAAGGCCUCCUCGGUCUCAGCAAAUAAGACGAGCUUCCACAUGAUGAGAACUCCUCGAUAG